AGUGUAAUAAACUCAGUUUGAUGCUAACACGAACGUAUACAAACACAUGUCUUUUAAAUGGCAUGAUAAAUAAGAGUCAAUAAGGAAAACCAAUAGAAAUUGUGUUUUAACAAAUCUCUUCAUUACGCAAGUAAUAGUGACAUUUUUAAAUAGAUUUUCGGCUUUGGUUUGUAAUCCUUUUUAACGUAGUGUACGGAGAAAAAAUGAAAAAGUAUUAUGGAAUAUUUUACGAAGGGAGUAAGAUUAAUCAGAUAAUAUGCGCGGUGUUGAUCAACCUACCUGUGUUUGCGUAUGGUGCAAGUAUAGGAUGGAUGUCUCCUAUGACACUUUUAUUACAAUCAAAAGAAUCUCCAAGAGGAACACCUUUGACUGACAUUGAGAUAUCAUGGGUGGCAGCGGUGGCCUAUUUGACUUGCAUACCGGGUAAUUUUUUAAUGGCAUUUUUGGGAGAUACUUUUGGAAGGAAAAUUACUUUACUUUUUAUUUCAUCUACUGGUGCCGCCAGUUGGAUUCUGAUGCUAUCAUCAUUCGAAGUUUGGGCUCUCAUCCUUGCUCGAGCUUUAGUCGGUAUAACCAUGUCGGGUUGCUACGUCACCUGUCCAAUUUAUACCAAGGAGAUCAGUGAUGACAGCAUCCGUGGCGCACUCGGAUGUUUGGUAAUCCUUUUCCACACAUCUGGUAACUUAUUCUUGUAUAUUAUCGGAGAUUUAUUAAGUUAUCGGACAGUCCUUUGGAUUUGUUUAUCUCUGCCAACGUUUCAUCUGGUCCUUUUUAUGAUGAUGCCAGACUCUCCUUCGUAUUUGGUUAAACGCAAUAAUUUUGAGGAAGCGGAGAGGGUUAUGGCUUGGCUGCGUUGUAAAAAAGAAGACGAUCAAUCCGUUAAGGAUGAAGUAGAAGUCAUAAAGAAGGAACAGUUAAACGAUAAGGAAAGCAAUCGCUUCUUACUUCGUACAAUUAUAAAAGACAAUAUACUAUGCAAAGCGUUCUACAUAGCCUUGAUAGUAACACUAGCUCGUGAAAUAUGCGGAGCCGUGCCGGUCCUAAACUUCGCCGGAGAUAUUUUUGCUUACGCAUCAUCUGACAGAAGCCUAGUAUUGAGUCCUAACCAGCAAGCUAUAUUGUUAGGAGUCGUGCAAGUAGCGGGUUCCAUGCUGGCGUCUAGUAUAGUUGAAAAGGCUGGAAGAAAGCCGAUACUUUCAAUAACAUCACUGGUAUCUGGACUUAGUAUGUGCGCUUUAGCUUCGUGGUUUGUCGCGAAGGAGUAUGGCGCAGUCACUCCAAACUGGAUACCAAUAGUGACGCUGUGUCUUUGUAUUUUCUGUGACGCCUGCGGUUUGCAACCCAUCUCUAUUGUUAUUGCUGGAGAGAUAUUUUCUUAUAAAUAUCGAGGAACGGUAAUGGCUAUAACAAUGUCGGUCGCAUCAUUCUUCGAUUUCCUGCAGCUACUAUUUUUCAAGCCUUUAGCCAACUCUAUAGGAAUCCAUGUUGCAUUUUAUUUCUUUGGUAUUGUAUGCAUUUUUAUGGCGAUUUACGUCGUAAUUGUGAUUCCUGAGACGAAGGGAAAGAGUUUGAUAGAAAUCUACAAAUGUUUUCGCAACAAGAGAGGACAGGAAAAAGAACUCGUUAGCGGUUACGUAGAAUAAAUAAAUAAAAUA